GUGGCUGCAAAUCGACGGUAUUGGCCUCCGGGCGGUAUCCCGCAGUGCACCAUUGUGACUGCUCUGGAAAGCAAUCUGAACUUGGAUGCACUGGCCAGGUAGACAGGAAAAGCCCCGCAAACUUUUGAAUUUCAUUUCCUGUUUGUCCAGCGUGGAGAGCUCACCAGCACAGGUGACCACGCAGAGCUCAUCAGCACAGGUAACAAUGCAGUCUUCUGAGAAUCGAAAAAGAGCUCCAGCAUGGACCGCAUGGGAGGUACUGGAUCUGAUCGCUAUAUGGGGAGAGGAUUCUGUGCUAACAGAACUACGUUCCAAAAGACGAAAUGAAAAAAUAUUUGAAAAAAUUUCCAAGGCUAGGAUGGAGAAAGGUUACACCAGGGACUCAGUGCAGUUCAGAGUGAAAGUUAAGGAGCACAGACAAGCCUACCAGAAAACCAAAGAAGCAAACGGAAGGUCCAGGGCAGGGCCGAAAACAUGCCACUUCUACACUGAGCUGCAUGCAAUUCUAGGGGGUUCCGCCACCACUACCCCACCACCCCUGUCCGUGGAUUCCGAGGUGGGGGUGGUAAUCUCAGCCAUGGCUGAGGAUUCUGCGGACGGGGAAGAUGAGGAGGAGGAUGAGCUUGCAGAGAGCACACAGCACUCCGUUCUCCCCAACAGCCAGGAGCUUUUUCUCACCCAGACAAAAUUACCCUCCCAGCCCUCCCAAGCCAGUAGCCCAGACAAUGAAGCCAUGGAAGUGACCUCUGCUGCAAAUUUUUCAAGCCUCCCUACUCCAUCCCGAAGGCUAUCUCAGAUAAUGCGGAGGAAAAAAAAGUCACGAGACGAAAUGUUCUCGGAAAUCAUGGAAGUAACCCGCAAUGAAAGAGCUCAUCUGAAUGAGUGGAAGGAUGUGGUAUCAAAUUACAGGAAAGAUGCCAGUGAAUGUGAGGACAGGAGGGACCAACGUGAGGAGAGGAGAGACGCUCGAGAUGAGAGGUGGCGGCAGGAAGAUCAGAGGUGUAGGCAGGAAGAUCAGCGGUGGCGGGAUGCAACACUGGGGCUUCUGCGUGAUCAAACUGACAUCCUCCGACGUCUGAUGGAGCUUCAGGAACAGCAGCAGGGUCACAGAGUGCCGCUGCAGCCUCUGUGUAACCACCCUCACCACUCACCAUGUUCCAUAUCUUCCUCACCCAGACGUGUAAGAACACGUGGGGGAAGGCUUCAUGCACCCGCCCACUCCACCCCUGUGGACAGCCCAACCUAAAGGCUGUCAUUACUUUGAAAUAUUUUUAGUGGCCUUUUCCUUCCCUCCUAUCCGCCUCCCAAACCACACCCGGGAUACCUUGUCAGUUCUCUGCCUCUUUUUAUAAUGACUUUUUAAUAAAGAAUACAUGAUUUUUAAACUAUAGUGACUUUAUUUCCUUAAGCAAGCUGUAAUCGAAGAGGGAGGGUGGGUUGCUUACAGGGAAUGAGUCAAUCAAGGGGGAAGUUCAUCAAGGGGAAACAAACGCAACAGUCACACCAUACCCUGGCCCAUGAUGAAACUCAUUUUCAAAGCUUCUCUGAUGCGCACCGCUUCGUGGUGUGCUCUUCUAAUCGCCCUGGUGUCUGGCUGCGCGUAAUCAGCGGCCAGGUGAUUUGCCUCAGCCUCCCACCCCGCCAUAAAGGUCUCCCCCUUACUCUCACAGAGAUUGUGGAGCACACAGCAAGAAGCAAUAACAAUGGGGACAUUGGUUUGGCUGAGGUCUGAGCGAGUCAGUAAUGUGCGCCACCGCACCUUUAAACGGCCAAAUGCACAUUCUACCACCAUUCUUCACUUGCUCAGCCUGUAGUUGAACAACUCCUGACUACUGUCCAGGCUGCCUGUGUAUGGCUUCAUGAGCCAUGGCAUCAAGGGGUAGGCUGGGUCCCCCAGGAUAACUACAGGCAUUUCAACAUCCCCAACUGUUAUUUUCUGGUCUGGGAAGUAAUUUCCUUGCUGCAGCCGUUUAAACAGAGUAGUGCUCCUGAAGACGCGAGCGUCAUGAACCCUUCCUGGCCAUCCCACGUGGAUGCUGGUGAAACAUCCCUUGUGAUCCACCAGUGCUUGCAGCACCAUUGAAAAGUACCCCUUGCGGUUUACGUAUUGGGUGCCCUGGUGCUCCGGUGCCAAGAUAGGGAUAUGGGUUCCAUCUAUAGCCCCACCACAGUUAGGGAAUCCCAUUGCAGCAAAGCCAUCCACUAUGACCUGCACAUUUCCCAGAGUCACAACCUUUCGUAGCAGCAGCUUAAUGAUUGCUUUGGCUACUUGCAUCACAGCAGCUCCCACAGUAGAUUUUCCCACUCCAAAUUGAUUCCC